AUGUCGGCGGCGGCCGCGGCCCGGGCCGGGCUCGGGCUCGGGGAGGGCGCGGGGGGACCCUCAGGGGGCCCCUCGGGCGGCGGCGAUGGCGCCGGCGGGACCCUCAAUCGCUUCGUGCAGCUGCCGGCCAGGCCGCGGGCAGCGGUGCAGUGUUUGAGCACUCCCUGCUCUCCAGCCCUUGGGAUCAUGGAAUGCUUGGCCAGGCACCAAUGGCAGGGACACCUUCCCCCUCCAUCAUCCCAGAACCGGCUGUUUUUCCCAGUUCAUCCCAAGAAAUGUCCCUCUCUCCCAGUUGUCCUGCACGGGAACAACCUGCUGGUGUUCGGGGGCACCGGGAUCCCCUUCGGGGAGAGCAACGGCAACGACGUCCACGUCUGCAACGUCAAGUACAAGAGGUGGGCCCUGCUCAGCUGCAGGGGCAAGAAACCCAACAGGAUCUAUGGACAGGCCAUGGCCAUCAUCAACGGCUGCCUCUACGUCUUCGGGGGCACCACCGGCUACAUCUACAGCACCGACCUGCACCGCCUCGACCUCAGCACCCGAGAGUGGGUCCAGCUGAAACCCAACAACAUGUCCUGCGACAUGCCCGAGGAGAGGUGGGCACGGGAGGGAUUUUGGGAUUGUUGGCAGGCCAGGAGGGAGGAGCUGGCGAGGAUUUGGGAGUGUGGGAAGGGCUUUGCCGGGACACUGAGCCCGAGUCCAGGGGAACUGGGAGGGAUCCACGCCUACAACCUGGAAACCAACACCUGGGAGGAGAUUCCCACCAAACCCCACGAGAAAGUCGGUGAGUCUGGGAAUUUCCCGGGAAAAACGGGAGCUGGGGAGUCCUGGAGGAGCUGGAAUGUUGGGGUGGGAGCGCUCCCGUUUUUCCCGGGCCGUAAUUCCGUGUCCGUGUUCCCGCAGGCCGGCUGCAUGUACGUGCACGGAGGGGUGGUGAACAUCCACGAGAACAAACGGACUGGCUCCCUCUUCAAGCUGUGGCUGGUGGUUCCCAGCCUGCUGGAACUGUGCUGGGAAAAGCUCCUGGAAUAUUUCCCCCACUUGGCCACCCUGUCCCGGCCUCAGCUCCUGCACCUCGGACUCACCCAGGGACUGGUGGAGCGGCUAAAAUGAGGGAUCUGCUCCUCCCUCACCCCCCCCCGCGAGAUUCCCUGUGCCGCAGAACCCCCUUCCCAGCCUUAUUUAUGGACACCCUGGAUCGGUGGGAACGCCGGGAGCGCCCGCCCGGAGCCUCAUCCCGCAGAUCCGGCGCCGCCUUCCGGGACCUUCGGAGCCGUUGGGAAAACAAACAGACAGAGAGACAAACAGAAAUCCCCUUUUUAUUUAUGGAGCUCCCAGAUCCCAAAACCUUCCCUGGGACUCAUCCAACCAUCCCGCUGCUGGGAUUAAUUAGGGAGCUAAUUAAGGAAUGUCCGCCCGCACUGACUGACGAGGAACAGUCGCCGCACAACCACCCCCAGCUGCUCUUUUCCCGGGAUAACUCAUCCCUCCUUCCCAACUGAGCUCCCCCUCCCCCAUCCCAACAGUCCCUCCUGAGCUCCCCCUCUCCCAUCCCAACAAUUCCCAACAGUCCCUCCUGCUUUUUGCACGUCUUUCCCGGGCCGUAUUCCCGCAGCUUUCCCCAGAGCAGCGCUUGGAAACAACCCCCCUGCCCCUCCUUGAGAGGUUUCCUUGGAAAACCAGAGGGAAAAGCUGCCGCUCCAGGGCAGCUGAACAGGGAGGGGGGAGGGAGAAGCUUUGCCUGAGGCUGUUUUAACCUUUCCUGCUCAUGGAAUGAGCCCCAGGAAAACUCACCCCGUGGAUUUCGGGCUCCAACCCCCCCCCCGGCUCUCGGCCUCUCCCGACUUUUCCGCUUUCCCUUCUUCCCACACAUCAUUCCCGGCCCUUUUCCUCCUGUCACCGCCGUCCCUGCUCCCUUUAAAACCAGUUUUAAGCGUGGAAAGGCCCAGGAAAUGCCGGGGGAAAAGGGCAGGGAGAGGGAUCCAAGGGAGCAGGGAAGGAGGGGCUCCGUGCUCUGUCCCUUCAGUUCGGCUCCGGAGCCCUUCCAGCGGCCACUGGAAUUCCUGCUGAAUCCUUCCUUUUCCGUCUCAGCCCAUUUUUUUAAGUGCCUUUUCUUUUAAACAUCAGCUUUUCCCGCUCACCCAGGGCCGGGCUUCCAGCUCCAAACUGGGCUUUUAGUUCCCUUUCCAGAGGCUGCAUUCCCAUCCCAAUAAACCGGAGCGGCGUCUCCGCGGCGUCGAUCCCGAGGCCCUGCCUGCUGCCGUCGCUGCCAUCCCGAAAAACUCACCAUCCCACAAAACUCACCAUCCCAAAAAACUCACCUUCCCCUGGGCCUGGGCGAGGGUUUUCCUCCUUCUCCACCUUCACUUCCUGUUUUUUUUUCCCCUCCAAGGCUCAGGGAAAUCGAAGCUGAGGCUUCCCGGGGUGCUUUGGAGCAACAGAGUCCUUGGCUCUGUCCCUUGGAAUUGGGAGAUUUUGGACCUUGGAGGUCUUUCCCAACCUUCAUGGUGUUGUUCCAACCCCUUUCCCAGCCUCCCUGGCUGCAGAUCCCGCUGCUCCUGGCUCUGGAGCUGGAUCCAGCCCCUCCUGGCAGCUCUGGGAAGGGUUCCUGCUUUGGGAUCCUUCCAUCCUGAACAUCCACCUUUGCCUUCCCGGUCCUGCCAGGACCUUUUUCCUGGAGCAUCCCACUCAUCCCUGUGCUGGUUCUCCCCUUCCAGGAGCAUCUCCCACCGUUCCCAGGACCAUCCAAGCCUGGAUAUCUGUGAGCCAGCAGCUUCCUGAGGCUCCUUCCUUGCUCCGGAAAACUCCGGAGCUUUUCCUCUGAGGGAGGAAAGCAAAGCCCCUCUCUCCGUGAUUUUUGGGAAUCUGGAGAGGUCCCAGCUGGCUGGAAGGUGGGGAAUUUCAGGAAGGGCAAGGAGGAGGAGCCUGGAAAAUCCAGGCCUGGUAAAAUCAUGGAAAAGAUUAUUCCAGGAAGUAUUGGAAAGCCCCUGGAGGGACAACAGCCAGCACAGGGUGGGGAGGGGAAAUUCCUGCUUAUCCCACUGAUUUCCUUCUGGGACAGGGAAACCCCCCUGGCUGGUCCAGGAAAGCCAGCAGGUGCAGUCUGUGGUACUGCCUCUCCCAGGAUUCUCCUGGAAAAGCUGUCCAGGAUACAGCUGGAUAAACACACCCUGGGGGGUGGGAGCAACAGGCUCAGGGGCUGGGAACAGAGAAUUCCCGGGAAUGGGGGGACACCAGGUUGGCACCGGGCACUGAGGGGGUUCCACGGGGCUCCAUCGUCAUCCCAGGGCUCUCCAGCAUCUUCCUGGGACACGGGGCUCCAAGGAAUGCCAAGUUUUCCAACUUGGGAAGGAGCUGUCGGCUCCCUGAGGGCAGGGAAGGGUCUGGAAGGGCCAUCCAAGGAAUGUCUGAGGGCACUGGGAUUGUCCAGCCUGGAGAAGGGGAGACUCACCGGGGUGUCCAGCAUCCUUGGGGGACCCUCCACCCACAGCCUGGAGCUGCUCCCACCGGGAAAACCACGGAAUAAACACCCAGGGAUCCGAUAAAUUGGGUAAAGGCCUCACCCACUGCUGGAUUUCCAGGGAUUUCUCCCAUUCCAGCACCCAGGGGUGGCUGGAGCACGAGGGGAUCUCAGAGGCUGCUCUUCCUGAAAAAGGGGACUUGUUUUAAGCUCCCAGUGGAGGGUUUGCUGGGAUUCCUGCUGGGAUUCUGCAGGGGGGCCUUGGGGAAGGAGAAAAGCUUGGAUUACAAUUCCCUAAGGGAAAGGAUCCAGCAGCAAUGGAGAGGAGAUGGGAGCAGCCACUGCGGGGCCUGGGAUGGGGACAGGACACAGGGAAAGCCCAGGAAUUCCCUGUUUCCCUCAAUCCCACGGCACUGAGCAGGUUCUCCCACAUCCCACCCUUUCCCAUCCCUCCCCAGGAAUCCUCCCAGACCAUCCAUGCCGGUGCCAGGAUUGUCCAAGCUGGGAAAACAAAGCAGUUUCAUUAAUCCCUAAGGAGCUGCUGCUCCCGGGAAUCCCGGGGGGAUCCCAGGACAUUCCAGAGCCCAACAUUCCCAUGAGCAGCGCUGUCAUUCCCGGUUUGGAUCCCCAUGGAGCUGGAGAGGGAGGGGCACAGGAGCCUCCUUACCUGUGUCCUGGGAUCUGCCAGGGCUUGGGAUCGGGUUUAAAGCUCUGGUAAUGAACCAGCCCAAGGCCCGGCUUUGUCCCGUCCCCUCAUCCCACCACUUCCCGCUCCCGGAGGGAAACAUUCCCAGCCUGGGAACACCACCUGGAGCAUCCCCCCGGACCCUGCUCGGCAGCCUCCCAAAGGCCUUGGGAAAAGCCGGGAGUGAGGUGGGAUCAGGAGCCAGGAGAGGGGCUGGGGCUGCUCCCUGGGGGUUUGAAAUCCAGGCU